CUUUUACUUUCUUAGUUUGCUUGUCACUUCUAAUCGGCCGUGGUUCAUUGCUACGGCGUUAUUUUCUCUUUCUUUUCAUUUGACAUCCGACCGGUCGGCUCGGCAUUUUUAUUCGUUUCUUAAUUCUCAUUUUUAUAUUGUUUCCGGCCGUAUCUUUCGUUUCUUACCGACAUCCUAGACGGAUUUUUUUUCGUUCAUCCUUCCUUCAACCUGGACCGUCAGAUAGAUCGAAACGGAUAUAGGAAAGUAGACGGAGCUGCUGGGCCAGCGACAGAUUAUCCAGCAGUGAUAAGGACUAUAGACGAAGUUUGAAGCCGAUCUAUAAUUCAUACGUCGUAGUGAAUCCAUGCGGGAACUUAAACGGUAGUCCUCAAAGCUCCCACCCUGCCAGAGAUGGCAGUCCGACUCAUCUUAUUCCUUCACCUAAUAAUAGGAGCUCAUUGUCAUGUCGCUGCCCUCGAGCGCCGGUCUGACCUCUAUGUCAAGUUACCUGUCGUACAUUCCACGAACAAAAAGGUAUUCUCAGACUUCGGGGAUAGACGAGCGAUAACAACCGUGCCUCUUGCCAAUCGGUCUGAUGUAGCAUACUAUGCACAACUUGAGAUUGGCACGCCAGCACAGCAGGUCUAUGUCCAAUUAGAUACCGGCUCGUUCGAACUUUGGGUGAAUCCCGACUGCUCAGAUCUUCAGGGCUCAGCAGACAUCAAAUUCUGUCAGGCAGUAGGGCAUUAUACGCCAUCAUCUUCAUCGAGUGCCAAACAAGUGGCUGGUACAAAGACAUUGCGGUAUGGCAUUGGUAGCGCCCAGAUCCAGUAUGUCGCGGAUGAUAUCGGGCUUGCGGGCACGAACUCGAAGCUGAAAGGGGUUCAGUUUGGAGUUGCUGUGGAUACGGUUGAUGAAUUUGCUGGUAUUCUAGGGAUCGGCCACGGAGCCAACGUAACGAUUAACUAUAAUAACUUCAUAGACGAGUUGGCGGUACAAGGAGUGACAGGAACGAAAGCGUUUAGUUUGGCGCUCGGCAGUAAGGAUGAGCAGGAGGGCGUCGUCAUAUUUGGCGGGCUGGACAAGGGCAAGUUCACCGGUAAUCUUCAAACGCUACCGAUCAUCCCGGCUUCGCAAUCACCAGACAAGGUCCCGAGGUAUUGGGUAAACAUGACGUCCUUAAGCCUCACCCCGCCGAGCGGCCAGAAUAAGGUAUACGAGAACACCACGAUGGCUGUUUUCCUCGACAGCGGCGCCACCCUCACCUUGCUGCCGACGAAGCUGGCGAAUGCGAUCGCGGCGGACUUCGGCGCUGAAACUACGGACUCCAACGGAUUUUACCCGGUCGACUGCUCUCUCAACGACCUGCCGGGUACCCUCAACUUCGCGUUCAACGGUGUCAUGAUCAAAGUACCGUAUAACGAGCUCGUCAGAGAACUCGCAACAGGUUUUGGAACGCAGUGCUUUUUGGGAAUCAGCCCGAGCGACGACUUCACACUCCUCGGGGAUACUAUGCUGCGUUCUGCUUACGCCGUCUUCGACCAGACCAAUAACGCGAUACACCUAGCCCCGUACGUUAACUGCGGCACGAACGAAGUAGAGAUCACGCCACAGACGAACAUGGCGACUAUCAAGGGCGACUGCGCCGCGCCGGCGGCCAAGAACGCGGCGUCGACGGCUACGGGCGGAUCCGCUACCGCGACGGGAUCCGGGGCUGCGAAGACUACGUCGCCUAUCACCGCGACGAGCGGCGCUGACCAAGUGACGGCGAAGAGCGCGGGAUCGAGGAAUAGUGUUAAGUGGGGGUUGGGGUUGUGGUUGGGGGUUGCGACGCUUUGGGGGGCGGUGGCUGUGGUGGGGGUAUUUUGAGAUACGAGCAAGCGAUGUUUAUUUGCUUUAGAAAAGAAAUAUUUUAUGAUUUUGAAUGAACGAUAUUCAUUUACGAGACUUCCGUCAUAGUGUGAGGUUUGAAGUUCGAGGUAUAGACGUGGUAUUGGGGGCUCCACGAUGCCGGCGUGACUCAUGGCUCGGAUGGGCGGAGAAAGUCUUGAAGAUCGGUGGCUUGAAUAUCUGUUUGCACAUCCAUCAUGCGCUUCGUUGCGCUAAUGCUGAAGGACCACUUAGGUAUCUAGGUUCUCGCGGAAUUGAUGUUACGUUAUAUCGAGCAAUACCUACUUUGGUAGGUGGCUUGUAUGUAAGGACUGUGUUAACGGACUUCUAUAACGGGCGCGCUCAUCUAUUCUAAGAAAGGUUUAUAGAGCAGUAUGCAUACC